AGAAUCCCCAAUAGGAUUACCAAAGAUCCACUACACCUUUUCUCCCAGUGCUGCGAUUGGGGCCUGGCUCCGUCUGGAGUGCAGCUGGCUUUAAUAGGCCCCAUUCAUUCAGUCGGUCGGUGUCGACGAGAGUUGACGGAGUAGGGACACGGCGACGCCUGCGCGAACGGAAGUCCAGAUUCAGAUUUAGAUUCAUACUGAGAUCCAGCGAUCCAGAGUGUGGCACAAAGUUGCCAAAUAGCCGCUUUGGGGAUUAGCGAAAACGCCAUCGAGGCAGAGUUCUUUCUGUGCGCGCCUCUCGUUCUUUGCUUCGACGUCAGCCACGAAUUGAGUUCUUGACUGAACCGCAGACUGGGCGGUCUACCGCCUCGCCAGCCCCCAUCCACCCCCUCUGUGUGCGCGUGUGAGUGGGGUGAAUAACAUAAAACAGACGGCAGAAGGCGAGCGCAUAACAGCGAACGGCGAAAGCAUAAAAUAAACAAUUCCAUUUCGGGCUGGUCAGCUGGGAGGAAGUUCUGUGUGCUGGCCCCGCGCCGCUGGUGGUGGCCGAGUGGUGCGGCGGUGGUGGUGGGUGACGGCAGAGUGGGUGUGGGAUGUGCGUGCCCAGACAAAGCCGAAGCGCUUAGAGUCUAUUAUCUAUCAGGCAAGUGCUGACGCGUUGCGAGCGCCGGACGUCGAUCGCUGAAUCUGAAUCUGUGAACUCUGGCGAAUCUCUGGCAUCGAAAUGUGCUACGUUAUCAUCACCAGCGCCAGUCUGGUGUGGUUCCUCUGCUCCUUGGUGGCGGACAUGCUCUUCGCCGUGGCCCUGGUCACGCCCAAGUGGCUGCUGGGUCCCGCCCAGGGCCUCAACUCCAGCUCCAGCCACCACCGCCAGUCCUCGGUGGGCAUCUAUACGCGCUGCAAGGUGAUGCAAGACGGGGGCUUCCACUGCGGCCGCUUCGACCUGGACGGACUGGCCACGGACAGCAGCGUUUACCCCGGCGAAUGGAAGGCCGCCAUGUUCUUCGUCUCGCUGGGCUUCAGCCUGCUCUCGGUCACCGUGCUGCUGACCCUGCUCACCUGCUGCCGCCAGUCGGCCUUCGGCAAGAGCAUCCACAACAUGACCGCCUGCGCCCAGGUGGUGGCCGGAAUAAGUGUGAUGCUAGCCCUCUUCCUGCAUCCACUGGGCUGGGGUGCUGACCGGGUUCAACGACUGUGCGGUCCGGAUGCGGAACCCUUUUACCCCGCCGACUGCAGCAUAGGAAUUUCGUUUUACUGCGGCGGCAUCGCGGUAGUCCUCACAUUCGCCGCCGCAGGCAUCAGCCUCAAGGCGGAGUCUUCCAAUAUGCGCUCCCACGUCCGCCAACGCGUCGAGACGGGCAGCAAGCUGGUCUGCAUUCCGUAGCUGCCUCCGGACACAAUAAGCACAGUCUCCGACUUAGAGCGAGCAUACUUAACUUCAUUCUCGAAUUAACUUUAACAUUAGCAUAAAUAAAGGUCUAACAUUUCUACAGUA